AUGGCGCACGAGCCGAGGAUCGCUGACAUCUACGGGCCCGGAACGUACGCGGACCGGGCAUUCGUUCCGGUGCCACGAGAGGCCGAACGGAUCUUCCGCCUCCUCGUGGCACAGACACCAGGCUUUCCCGGAAACGAAGCAUUGCUGCCCAAGGUCCGGUUUGAGGGCGACGACAGCCCUGUUCUUCCAGGCCCCAUCAAGGCUGUCCCAAUUGCUGCGGCUUUGCAUGCCAUGGCGGGAGUUUUGGGGGACGAGAUCUUUGCUCUCCGUGGCCUCGAAAACAAGAACCGCAGGAUAGCCGUCAACACAACGCACGCAGCGCUCUGGCUCGCUACGCCUUGCCUUGUUUACCUGGACGGCCAGAGCCUGCCAUCUCUGGCGCAGCAAAAGAAACUCAGAUCUCUCCUCCCGGACUGGGAGCAAGGCUGGCACUCCACCCCGCUCAAGCAGCGCGGCACUGGCAUCUACCGGACGAAGAAACCAGACGUCUGGUACUGCUUGCACGGCUCUUUCGACAUACCAGCCAUGCUCCGCACUUUUGGCAUGGACCCGGACAAGCCAGAUAUCAAGACUCCCGCCGAGGCCGCGGCGUACAUCACCGAACACACAAGCCGGUAUCUCCCGGAAGAGCUCGAGCUAACCAACCUCAUGACCAGUCAGUGCGGCACGAUCUGCUUCACGCCCGCAGCCUGGCGCAACAGCACCAUGGGCCGCGCCGCCUCAGAGCGCCCGCUGAUCGACGUCCUGCCUCAGCCUGCGCACUCCAUCCCUCUGCCUCCCGUGCCGUUCGCGCCCUUUCGCCAACAAGCCACCAGCGACCCCUCCCCAGGCCCAACGUACGACCAGCGGCCCCUCUCAGGUAUCAAAGUCCUCUCUCUGACGCGCAUAAUCGCGGGGCCACAGCUCGGCACUCUGCUCGCUGCGCUGGGGGCGACCGUGAUUCGCGUGUCGGCGCCGCACCUGGCGGACGUGAACACGCUGCAGCUAACGCUGACGGCGGGGCAGCGCACGGUAGGGUUGGACCUGCGGCGGGCGGAGGACCGGGCCGCGGUGCAAAGGCUGCUGGACCAGGCCGACGUGUUUGUGCAGGGGUUUCGCCCGGGGGCUCUGGCGCGCUUCAGACUCGCGCGAGACGAUGUGCUCGCCGUCGCGGCCCGUCGCGGGUGGGGGAUUGUUCAUGUAGAUGAGUCCUGCUUUGGCGACCAUGGGGCCAGCCCGUACGCCGCUCGCCCCGGCUGGCAGCAGGUCGCUGACUGUGCCACGGGAGUCGCGCACGUCAUGGGCCGCGCACUGGGGUUGGAUGCGGGCGAGUGUGUCCUCCCCGCGCUGCCCGUCAGUGAUAUGCUCUGUGGCCUUGUUGGGGCGGUUGGGGUGAUGAUGGGUCUGAGAGAGAGGGCGGUCAAGGGCGGGAGCUGGGUGGUUUCUGCGUCGCUGGUGAGGGGGAAUAUGUUUGCGCUUGAAGAGGAGGUUGGGUUGUAUAGCGAGGAGGUUGUUAAAGAGUGCCAGCAGAGGUUUCAGUGGGGGGAGAUGAGGGCGGAGCAUGGGGUCCUGGAUCUAAUGCAGACUGUUUGGAAGGGGUGGAACGGGGAUGAGAUCAUGAAGGAGUACUUGAAAGAGGACAGCGGCUGGUUUCAAAGCUGGGACAAGACAGCUUUUGGAGAGGGGUCGAGGUUGAGCAUACUGCGACCGGUAACCAGGUUUGUAAGAGGUGAAAAUGGUGAGGAGGAAAGGGGUGUGACGCCGAAGUGGCAGUCACCCAGUGUGCCGUAUGCAUGGGAGAUGAAGGAGGAUGUCGGUAGGCUACUGUUCAGCCAUCCCCGGCUACCAGAUGCCCUCUCUAAACAUGUGGAAUAA